UGGGUCUCGUUUGUUUACAUUCGCGCCAACUCUGUUGAUGCUGGAGUCUCCAUCAUCUAUCGUGUCUGCCUCCUUUAUCCCAACCACUCCCAAAGCCAAACGCUCCAGCUGCAGCACUUUUUGACCAGCAUAUUUAUAUCCAACUAGACGAGACUGGUAUUUGCUAUCAAAUAUAUUUCAUAUAAGCUCUUAUCAUGAGUUCACCGUCCAAAGUCAUAUCACCGCGCAAGUCGCCGCGCAAUCAUCGCAAAUCUCUCGCGUUUCUACCAUCUGCUGAUAAAGAGAAUGGAUUGAGUGCCGGAUCAAUGGGCAGAAGAAAGCGAGCAAAGAGUUUAGACGGCACUGAAGAUCCCACCUUAUCGAUUCCCAAGAAGCGAAGGAAUGAAUCGCGAAUUCCUACUGCCAGCGGUCCACCACGGGGAAUUUUGAAGGCUACAUAUUCCAACGAUGAUAACCAUACCGUAAUCGGUGUGAUGCAAGUAUCACUCAAAGAGGAACCUGUAUCGAAACCAAAGCCCAGCAGGGUCAUGAGCAGACGAGUCAGCUUUGCCCCAGAAGCCACUUUACAUACAUUCGAUAUCGACAGUUUGGAUGACGCCUCCUCUCAGGCGAACUCGUCUGCCGCCAGUACCCCACGACGCUCUGACGAUCGAAGCGCCGCUGAGCAGAGACCUCCCCUCGCAAAUCUCGACCAGUAUAAUCAGCUAUCCCCAGUAUCAUUGCGUGGUGUUCAGGAUAGUGUGGAACAAACUGCGGAUGAUUCCGACGACGACGCUCAAUUCAGCGAUGAUGAUAGCGAGGUUGAGAUGGAGGAUGCAACAGAUGUGUUUGACGAUGAGACAUUUAAUCAGAUAGCUAGCAGUACUAGUCCAUUUAGAGCAGUUCAAUCGCCGGUUGGCACCGUUCGCGCGGGAAAGGGCAGUAUUUUUGGUUCAGGACUAUUCUCUCCAAAGCCUGCCAGAUCCCAAGUGAACGAUAAUGACGAUGACCAGAGUGAGGAUGAUUUCAACGAUGAUGGUGAAACCCAGACUAUGGAGGUCACCACCGCUUUUGGAAGCAUUUCUGGAAACUCGAACCUGACCUCGGCACAAGAUGCUGAUGAGGACGAAGACCAAACCAUGGAGGUUACCCGAGCAGUAGGAUGGAUCGAACAGCCGCAGAUGGAAGAGGAAAAUGAUGAUGACGACAACGUCACGAUGGACAUCACCAGAGCAGGCGGCUUUAUUGUCUCCAAGGCAGACACUUCGGUUGUACAAGAUGAUGUGACAAUGGACGUGACAAUGGAUGCGACGAGAGCUAUCGGGUCCAUCCAGGAAAGCCACGAGACCGAAGAUUCAAACGCAGAUAUAACGAUGGAUGUGACGCGUGCUGUUGGUUUUAUUGAACAGGAUGAUAACAGUGUCACCAUGGACGUUACGUGUGCUGUUGGAGUCAUUGAGCAGCCCGCUGUCUCAGAUGAUGAGGACGACAUGGACGUCACUAUGGAGGUAACGCGAGCAAUUGGUUUCAUCCAACCUGAGGUGGAUAGCGACGAGGAUGUCAGCCGAACAGAAGCCAUGGAUGUGACUAGAGCUAUCGGCUCCAUUCAGCCAAAAGAGGCCGACGAUACUGUUGCUAUGGACGUUACAAUGGCCAUCGGAUCCAUUGCAGACAACUCCUCGAUGCCUGAGGAAGCGAAUGGGACUUCAGAAGAUUCUCACGUUGCUACUCCGAAAGCUAUUCAGUCACCCCAAAUCAAUCGAACGCCAACUCGUGCAGGUAGUGCUACGCCUCGUUCUUCUGCGAAACGUUCAUUGGUUAGGACUGAUAGUAUGGGGCUCAGCACUCCGGUGAAAGCUCCCGAGGGAGUUCAGAACUCUCCAGGACCAUCUGCCAUUAGCCGGAAACGGAAGAGUCUUUUGGAGAGCCAGAUUCUCGGUCAAGAGUUUACUGGUCAGAAUAUCACUAUCGGCACCCCGGAGGGGCGAAAGUUGAAGAACGAUAUCAACGAGACUUUAUUCAACGCCAGCUCUAGCAACCUGCAAAAGCGAAUUCAGAGUUUGACACCUAAGAAGGUCGUUCGCAGCCCUGUCAAGUCACUUGUGAAAUCAGCACGCAAGGAGGUCAUCGCAGCUAUCAGGUCGGAAGAACAAGAGGCGCUUGCUAAACGCUAUUCUCCACUUAAAAAUCAUGCCAGCACGCCUGCUAGAAGUCAGACUCGUCUUUUGUCUGACCUCCCUGCGCCAGUGCUGAGAUUUGAUCUUGCACCCAAACAACCCAAUACGCCGAGCGCAAAGGUGCCUCUCGUUGUGGAGCGGGCGGAGGAGAUGAAUGAGGAUGAUUACGUUCCUCUCUCGUUGAACGAGUUUCUCCAAAUGACCUCCGUACAAUUCCUUGAAGGAUUGAACACCAAGAGAAGGAACACAACGAUGAUGCAGUCGUGUGAUCUUCUGUCGGAGAAGAGCUUUGAGGACGUUGUUCUGUCUCGUCAGCUCCAUUGCCCAAUGUUGGAGCUUUAUGAGUUUAGUUGCCGAGAGCUUCGCAAGAAUAUACAGGAAGGAAACGACUUGUUUGAGCGCCUGGAGUCUGAGACUCUGGAAGAGAAUCCGAAUCUAUUCCGUCAGUAUCUCUCUGCGUCUAUCGAUGGUCAGGUCGCUUUUUGCGCUCAGUUUAAGGUCAUCAAGACAUAUGCUCGCUUGCUGUCGAAAGGGGUAUGGUACGAGUGGCGCUCAAAACUUUUAGAUGGUGUUAUGAACAGCUUGACCAAAAAUCAGUCAGCUCUUCAGAAGGAUAUUCAAGAUCUGCAGCCAAAGGAGAAGAGUGUAUCUCUUUCUUUACCGGAAAUCAGAGCCAAGCAUAGUGCACUUAAGACUAAGCUUGAACGACUGCGCCAGCGAAGAAAUGAGGUCGAAGGCUGUGACAAGGAUGAGCUUCUUAGCGCGAGAGAGAUGCUCACAGCUGAGAAGGCAGAAGUUCAGUCAAAGCAGCAAGUCAGAGAAGAGUUGGCGGCAAGCGAUCAGAAUUUGACAAGGAUGGUCGACGAGAAGAGGUCUGGUAUAGAAUCAUGCAAUGCUGGAAUUGCAAAGGCGGAAGCAAUUGUUGAGGAGAACCGGGGUAUUGAUACUGAUCAAACUGCCCUGAUAAAAGACAAACUUACGUUGCUCGGAGAACUAUAUGGAUGGCAAGUCACAAGCUAUGCUGAUUCACUCAUCACUCUGUCUCUGGGUGAUUUCGUCACUGUUGAGAUUUCAAUAGCAGAAGAACGGAUAGUCAAGACCUCAUUUGCGACAUCCGAAUCGCCGGUGAUUUCUUUCUUUGUUUCUGCGAUUGAGCUUCUAGCAAAGAGUCUUCCAAGCAGCAAGUUCCUCCGAAGUGGAAGCAGCUUGCUUUUGCAAUACAAGGCUAUCUGUCGGGAGAUCAACUGGCUCGAGAACCGCUAUGUCUCCAACAUCCACCUGGACAAUAUGGCACUGAAGAUAGAGUCUGAGGUUUUUAUCCGCGAGACCUUGACGAAAUUUCGAGCCAAGUACCAGCUAUCAUUGGAUCUGACGGUCCCUGACUUCCCAGCUAUUCACAGCAUUCCUACGUUCGAACUCGUGUAUGGUAGCUUUGACAGUCUUCCCCGUUACGCGUGCAAGUCGACCGAUUCCACGUCAACCAUGUCUAGAGGACGCGAAAUGGAAAAUGGAGCUGAGUGCACGAAUAUAAUUGGGGCGUUUGCGGGAUUCUAGAGCUCGAGGAUGAAAGGCGUAGGUGUUGGGUACGCAAAGAGUAAUCGGUAUCGGUUCAGCGUUUUAUAUUGUUGGUGUUAGUUUGAUAUCCGGUUAGGCAGGCUUGGUGUAUUGUAGUGAAUAUGCGUUAUAAUGAUCAGUUGAUGUUGGUAAAUCUAUAAUUUAUAGUCUAUGUCCACUAAACUAAUAAAUGAUUAGUAGUCUGUAUGGCACACUUAAGCUUUCUCGCAGACUGUUAACCGAGCUCGAAUGCAAUUGCUGAACCAUUUUCCUAACUUGGCCU